CAUUGCGGCGGACCCGUUUCCGGUGUGGUGCACGCUCGUUGGUCCCUCGCAUUUCUCUGUGUGUUGGAUUUCAGUUUGAGUGUAAAUCGUGACCGUCAUUUAUAUUCUGAACUGGUUGAGAAUCAGUUAUAACAGUUUUACUGCGGGAGGAGAGAGAAACAAGCCGCAAAGAUGCCGCGAAUUAUGAUAAAAGGAGGCGUCUGGCGCAACACUGAGGAUGAGAUCCUCAAGGCAGCGGUGAUGAAAUAUGGGAAGAACCAGUGGUCCCGUAUCGCCUCCUUGCUGCACCGCAAGUCUGCCAAACAAUGUAAAGCCAGAUGGUACGAGUGGUUGGACCCCAGCAUCAAGAAGACAGAAUGGUCCAGAGAAGAGGAGGAGAAGCUUCUUCAUUUGGCCAAGCUGAUGCCGACUCAGUGGAGGACCAUUGCUCCUAUCAUAGGACGCACUGCUGCCCAGUGUCUGGAGCACUAUGAAUACCUGCUAGACAAGGCAGCUCAAAGAGACAAUGAGGAAGAAGUGGGAGACGACCCCAGGAAGUUAAAACCAGGAGAGAUUGACCCUAAUCCUGAAACUAAACCUGCCAGGCCUGACCCUGUGGACAUGGACGAAGAUGAGCUGGAGAUGCUGUCAGAGGCCAGGGCUCGACUGGCCAAUACCCAGGGCAAGAAAGCCAAGAGGAAGGCCAGAGAGAAACAGCUGGAGGAAGCCAGACGGUUGGCUGCUCUGCAGAAGCGCAGAGAGCUGAGAGCGGCAGGAAUCGAUGUUCAGAAGAAGAGGAAGAAGAAGAGAGGAGUUGACUACAACGCUGAAAUUCCCUUUGAAAAGAAGCCAGCACAGGGUUUCUAUGACACCAGCAUGGAGCAGUACGUCGGACUGGAGCCAAACUUCAAACGACUCAGACAGCAGCACUUGGAUGGAGAACUUCGCAAUGAGCAAGAGGAAAAGGAUAGAAAGAAAGACAAACAGAAGAUCAAGAAGAAGAAAGAGAGCGAUCUUCCAUCUGCCAUCCUGCAGACCAGCGGUGUGGCUGAGUUCACCAAGAAACGCUCCAAACUGGUUUUACCUACUCCACAGAUCAGCGAUGCUGAGCUGGAGGAAGUCGUGAAAUUGGGUGUUGCUAGUGAGGUUGCCCGUCAAGCUGCUGAGGAGAGCGAAAGCGGAAACUCCGCCUCCUCGGCCCUCCUGUCAGAGUACAGCGUCACCAACAACAUGGCGACGGGGCUACGCACCCCUCGCACCCCCGCUGUCCAGGACAGGAUACUGCAGGAAGCCCAGAACCUGAUGGCUCUGACCAACAUUGACACUCCUCUAAAGGGAGGCCUCAACACGCCGCUGCACGAGAGCGACUUCAGCGGAGUGACACCUCAGCGCCAGCAGAUACAAACACCCAACACUGUUCUCAGCACACCAUUCAGAACUCCUGGACAAGGUCAGGGGCAAGAGGGCAUGACCCCUCAAGGUGUAGGAGCGAUCACCCCGCGCGGGGCAGUGACCCCAAGUUUGACCCCCAUUCGCACACCGCUGAGAGACAAAUUGAAUAUUAACAGUGAGGAUCAACUGGCUGACCCUGCAUUCGCUAAACACAUGCAAAGAGAAAGUUUGCAGCAGUUGAGGCAGGGCCUGAUGUCACUUCCUGUUCCCAAGAACGACUUUGAGAUCGUUCUUCCGGAAAACGCAGAGAAAGAACUGGAAGAGACAGAAACAGAAACAGGGUUCACGGAGGACUCUGCAGACAUAGAGGCACGCAAGCAGGCCCAACGUGACGCAGAAAGAGAGAAGGAGCUGAAGCUGCGACACACUCCCGUUCAGAGGGCUCUCCCCAGACCCACUGAGGUGAACGAGUCCGUCCUCCGUCCCACCUCCAUGGAGCAGCUCUCGGACCUCCAGCUGGCGGAGGAGCUAAUCAAACAGGAAAUGAUUACCAUGCUGCACUACGACUGCCUGCACCACCCGCCAGCCAACGCAGCCAGUCAACUGCAGCGCGGCAAAACCAGGGGCCCCACCUCCACAUCUAACAACGCGUCGCAUAUAGCGUACCUGGAUACACAACCUUACAAGCCAGUCAGUACAGAGGAGAUGGAGCAGGCAAAGGUGGCACUGGUAGCAGAAAUGGAGGUGGUGAAGGCAGGAAUGGGCCACGGUGAUCUCAGCAUGGAGGCCUACAGCCAGGUGUGGGAGGAAUGCUACGGACAGGUUUUGUAUCUUCCUGCUCAGAACAGGUACACCAGAGCUAACCUGGCAUCAAAGAAAGACCGUAUUGAAAGCCUGGAGAAGAAACUAGAUGUAAACCGUGGACACAUGACAGCAGAGGCCCGUAAGGCAGCUAAACUGGAGAAGAAACUCAAAAUCCUGCUGGGAGGGUUUCAGUCCAGAGCCCUGGGGCUCCUGAAGCAGCACAAUGAACUCUGGGAACAGGUGGAGCAGGCAGCCACAGAACUCCAGACCUUCACUCAGCUGAAGAAACAAGAGGAUGCUGCGAUUCCCAGGAGAAAAGAGGCCCUGCGGGAGGACGUGGAGAGGCAGAUGGAGAGAGAGCGAGAACUUCAGCAGAGAUACGGAGAGCUGCUGAUGGAGAGAGAGGCGCUGCUGAACAGUGCUCAGAAAUACUGAGCCACACAUUCAUUCAUUCAUGCUACUCACACUCACUCAUCAAUGAGACACCGAUAAAGCUAACACCUGCUCUGAGAAACAACAAACAAGUUUUUGCGCUCUUCAGCCCUCAAGUUGUCAUAUUGACCUUUUUUUCCCCCUCAUUUUUCAUUGUGGCAAUCCCAGAGAUAAGUCCCGCCUCUGUGUGUUCAAGUUGCUGUGAUAUCACAAGCUGAGUUUUGAACAUGCUCAGUUGCCCCUUGUGUUUCUGUAUUAGUGACCAAUAAAGUUUCUUUUCAACAAUGACAAA